AAUAUUUUAAAUUUACAACAACAAAUAUUAGCAUUACAAAAUAACCCUCCACAAAACAUGGCUGCCGUUCAUGAAAUUUAUCAAAUGUUAGCUCCGGCUCUUGAGCAAAUAUUACCAGCAUUAUAUACUCACUUACCUUCAGAUCUUCGUAAUAGUGUAAAAAUAUAUAUGACUAUAAGAGGUGCGGGUAACCAAACUGUAGAUAAUUUCUUUGCUGAUCUCAGAAAGUAUUGGGUGGAACCAAAACUUACCAAACUCAUAAAAGUAGAUACCAUAGAUACCAAAUCAGCUCGGUAUCGGUAUUCAGAAUCCUCGAACUAUAAUAAUGGAGGAUUGGAAAAAAGAAUAGAACAAAUUGAAGCUAACUUAGCCAAAUUUGUCAGAAAAGAUACCAGAAGUGCUAAAACAUCUCAGCGUCAAUGCUCAGAGUCCUCACCUUUUGGAGGAUUGGAAAAAAGGUUAGACCAAAUCGAAUCUUUAAUAGCUAAACUUGUCAAAGAAUCCAAAUCCAGAAGUGGACGAAUUCAUAUGGCUACAGUUGAUGAACAGUCUAAUCCCAUUUUUUCUGAUGAUGAUACAUUAAAACCUAAGGACAAUGAUUAUAACUCUGAUAAUUCGUCAGCCGGUUCAGACGAUGGAAAACGUGAUACGCAUGUUUACAUAUCUCAUGAAAAAAAAAGUGAAUUAUGCUGA